UAUAAUUUAUUAUCAUUAUCCUUUCUUUAUUUAAUUAUAUCCUAUAUCAUAGCAUUUUCCCCCAUUAGUUAAAAUUUAACUGUAUAUAGUUUUGUUUUUAUGAUAAUUGUUAUUGUUAUUAAUAAUCUUUAUAUAUAGUCCUAUAUAUAGUUGUUGUUGUUGUUGUUGUUGUUUUGAUGCCCGUCUGUGGCAUCUGUGAAUGAUUCUGGUCUUUUGCUCAAGAUGGCCUCCUCUUUCUUUCCAGAUCAAACAGCUGACCCGGGAUUGGAGAACCACGGCUUACGCUCUGAAAUAUUCCGACGUUCUGGAAAUGAAUGAAGAUGGCCGGAAAGUCCGCCGAAGCACGCCGGUCCCCGUCUUCCCGAGCGAAAACCUCCCCAGUCGAAUGCUUCUGGUCUACGACAUCUCCCCAGCUCAAGACCGGCGCCCUCCAGAUGACGGACAGGAGAACGGAGAAGUCCGGGAGAAGGUCAUGGAGCAUCUCCUCAAGGCCUUCGUCCAGUUCGGGGCCAUCUUGUCCGUCCGGAUUCUCAAACCCGGGAGGGACCUUCCGGCGGACGUCAAGAAGUUCAGCGGCCGCUACAGCCCGGUGGGGACCCAAGAAUGCGCCAUCGUCGAGUUCGAAGAGGUCGACGACGCCGUCAAAGCCCACGAGUCGUUCUGCGUCGCGGAGAAAGCCGCCAUGAAGGUCAUCCUCAUCGGGACGAAGCCUCCAAAGAAGAAAGUCGCCAAGGAGAAGAACGCGGAGAAAAACUCCGCCAAGGAUCCGGGCAAGAGCCGUUCGAUGAACAGGAGAGUGGAGGAGCUUCAAGACGUGGGCGAAGACUUGUCGGCCAACAGCUCCUCGGAUCCAGACAGCGACCCGGCCUCUCCCCGGCCGAGGAGAAGCAGCUCCUCCAACAGGCUGAGCCCUUCGGCCUACCCCAACCACCACCUGAGCCCCAACGUCUCCCCGAGGUCAAGUCCCUGGAACAGCCCUUCCUCCCUGCGCAAAACCUCCCGGAUGUCCCCGCUGGCGGAGCACGCCAGAGCCCUUCUCGGCACCAGCCCCGAGGCGUCCAAAUGGCCGGCUGAUUACUCUUCGGACAGCAGCAUCACUCCUUCCAGCAGCCCCUGGGUCCAACGCCGGCGGCAAGCUCGGACUCUGGCCCAGGAGAAGGCCCCCGCGGGCAGACCAGAGCCCAGCGUCAAAAUAGCCGCCCCUGCUGGACUGCCCGUCGGGGUCCUGCGUUUGCCCAGGGGCCCGGAUGGAACGAAGGGCUUCCAUAACAGCCACGAAAGGAGCAACGUGGCCAAGAAUGUAUAAACUCUUGUUUUGGAGUGGGGUUUGCAGGUGCUCUCCGAAGUUUGGUUGCUGGGGGUAGCCCUGGUGGUGUUACCUAGUUGGGUUAUGAGAUGUCUGCAAGAAAACCACCAU